GAGCACGUCGUCGAGGGCGUCCUAGAGGAGAAGAGGAUCAUCUUUCUAUUUCGGGCUCGUGUCUCUCGAUGACGUCACAUGGACGAAAAUAUCAUACGGUUAGGGAGGUGCAGUCCGCCUGUUGCGCGGUCCAGGUCUCGAUCUUUCCCGGAGUCGCGCAAAAAUUCUCGACCCCGCAGUCGUCUUCUCUAGUCAAACGAGAGAACGAAAGGGGAGAUACGCGACAAGUACGCGGCAGUCGAUCGGCGUCGCGGUGCCGCCCGUCGACGAUCGCGCAUCUUCGAGGAUCGUUCUCCAGGAGGGUGCAGCCACGAAUCCGAAGCUCCCGAUCCCGGGACGACACACUCGCGAGGAGUGGUUCGCACGAGCGAUCUCGCCCACGCCUGGUCCCCGCCUAUCGCGAUCUCACCGGUCCAGGAGUCCGUCAGUAGCGCGUCGCGCACGUCCUCGAGGGGAUCGUCUUUGGAGAACAGCGUGGACCGACGAGUCGUCGAUUAACAGCGAGCGAGCGUGAUCGACGCAAAGGUUCGCGACAGCGAGUUGUUCUCGAGGGUGAAGCGGAAGCAGGAUCAUCCCCCGCCGCGGAGAGAACGCUGAGCGAGGAUGCCUGGCGCCGGUGGUCAGCCACCGCAAAGGACCACCUUCCGACCGCCGUGGGUCAAGGAUGGCCCGAACCCGUUGCCCAUGCCCGCCGCGCCCUGGACCCUUAAUUCCCGCAGGGACUCCAAGCCGAAGACUGAGGAAGUUCCGGCCUUCUCUCAAGUCACCUUGAAGAGUGUGCCGAAACCCGCGGAGUCGGCAGCACCCUCGUCAGAUGGACCGCGUAAACAGAGCAAAAUCACGAUAAUACCGAAGCAGCCGAAUAAUGAAAAGAUCCCGAGUGGCCGACCGGUGCCAGCGAAGCCGCGCGAGAAUGGACGGCAGGAGCCAAAUUCGAAGCCGCAACUCGAACGACAGAUCCGCAUCGACAGAUCUCGAUCACGGGGUGACAUUAUACCGCUCUCGAAGAGUGAAAGUACCACAGGUGCGCCAACUUUAUCGAAGAGCUCGUCGCGAGCGAACUUUCCGCCACCGCCACCCCCGCGACCGCCACCACCGCCACCCAGUCGUACGAUCCUUAAAGACCUGCCAGACCUCAACGAGACGCAAAUGCAGAAGCUGGAGGCAUUGAAGUCCAGGCCGAGGAAACGGCCGGAUUGGGCCUGCAUGAUGAAGGAGGUCGAAAGCGGCAAGAAGCUCAAGCAUGUCAAGUGUAACGAUCGGAGCGCACCCCUGAUCGAGAGGGUGAACAAGGUCACGGCCGAUCCAGCAGGCAAGGCCCACUUCGUAUUCGAAUCCGAAAAGUCGAAUAUGCACAAUCAACUGCUGAAACAGAUCCAGGAGGGUGUGAAGCUCAAGACUGUAAGGACGAAUGAUCGCUCCAAGCCGAUGCUGGAGGGAUUGAAAAAAUUCCGACGACAAAUGACCAUCGAGGAGCAGAUUCAAAAAGCCGAGGAAACGCCGUUGCUGGACGUUGCUAUUCAGGACGAAAUGGAUGACAUCGAUGCCGUUAGGGAUGAUUUGCAAAGCACCAAGCAGAUGCUCGCGAUGGAACUUAGGAACAAAGAAGCCUUGGAACGAGACAAUAAGCGAUUGCAGGCGAGAAUUUUGAAUCUUGAGGCAGAAGCGGAACAUAUGAAGUCACAAAAGAAUGCUCAGGAAAGCAAGCAACAGGACGAGAAACUCACGGAAUCCUUGAAGCAGGAAGUGCAACGAGCGAGAAAGGACGCAGAAAAAGCGGAGAAAGAAUUCGCCACUGCUGCCGCGGAAAAAGACAAGAUUAAAAAUGAGUUGGAAGAAAUGAAAAGAAUGUAUGCCAUGCUAGAAAAGCGUAUGAAAGCUGGAAUGGCACUGGCUGGUUGUCCAAGCGCGAAAGACGUAGCCAGGAUCGCGACGCAAAAGAGUAUAGACAAACAAGAUGUUCUCAGCACGAGCGAGGAGGAAGAGGAGACGACGGAAGAAGAAGAAGAAGACGAGGAUCCUAAAGCCGGAGCGGAAAAACGCGCGCAGAGGGAGAUUAAACUUCUCAUUUCGAAAAUUAAGAAUUUCAAGGAUAAGGCUGUAAAUGCCAAAAAAGAGAGACACGCGCUGAAGGAGCAGAUCAAACAGCAGCAAAAAUUACUGGCAGAAGAAAAGAACAAAUACAAGGAACUGCACAAGCAAGUGGACAAGAUGGCGAAACUCAUGGGGGAUGUCGACGAGGAAGAGGAAGAACUGGACGACGAGGAGGAAGAGGAGGAAGCGGAAUCGGAGGAAGAGUCGGAGUCUGAGGAAUCAGAGGAAGAGGAGUCCGAUUCUGACGACGAUCAAGCACCUAUUGAGAAACGUAAAAACAACUUGGAAAAGCACGUGAGAAAACACGAGGGACGACUGGCAGCCUUGAAAAAGGGCAAUUACCUACUGAAAGUGCAAGUAGAUAGGAUCAAAGACACUCUGGUGAAGCAACGAGAAGAUAGCAUUCGCCUGCAGGAGGAUCUUGAUUCUGUCUUGGCGGAACUAGGUUAGAUUAAAUACAGUAUAAACGAAGAAUAUUUCCAUAUGCAGAGAUUGUAUCGUACACAAUUAUACACCAUGCAAAUAUUACAUUUUGAAAUAUAAACAAUUGUAUGUUACGAGAAUAAUUACACAUACCUAUAUUUUUUAAUAAAUUAUUGACCGAACGCAAUGCUUCUCGUAAUGGCUUAUUGAAGCAAAUAGCUUAUUGUAUGAAAUAAACGCUUUAUAUAUUUUAAUCUUAUGAUAUUUUAGGACUCCAGAUGUUAACGUUCAAACCCAAGGUGGGCUUGAAACAUUUUUUGAAAUUGGUGCUUUGAAUCGAUCGAAUGAAUGAGCUUGACUGUCAAUUAUUAAACAUGCGAGAAUCUAUUAUUUUAUUUACUUUCCACCACAUGUUUUACGGUUAAUGUAUUUCGAUGACGACACGAUGUAAAGGAAAGAAACAUACAAUUAGGAAUAGUCACUGGAUAAGAAACAAAUUACGUAUACGAGCACGUGAGAGAAGAUUAAUUUUAGAAGAAUGAAUUGAAUAAUUAUUACAUUUUAUUACAUUGACCGCAGUGAUAAUGAAAUCGCAUCUGUAUUUUUAGGCAAGCAUUCUGUGACAAUUUUACAUUCAAAAUCAAUGAAAUUGCAUUAAUAAAAAAUAUAUAAAAACUCGCGAUUUUUAUUUCUAUUCCAAAUGUAUUCUAUUGUUAGACUGUGAAUAUUAUAAUAAUUUCGAAUAUUCCCUCAUGCAUUAUCACUGUACAUACAAUUUUGAAUGUCGAAGAGCGUGAUGAGAUUAUUUGAUUUUUUAUCGCGGUAUUGCUAAGAAUAUAUGGCUCAAAGCGGAAUAGAAACGGUUGACAAUUUAUUAUGGAGUGUUAACUAAGUACUACAUAACGUUAAUGUAAUUCACGCAAAUAUAACCGCGUUUGACUCUUAAAGCUCACUUUCCUGUUCCCCAUUGAUUUUAAGAUCAAGAAUUUAGUUGUUCGAUUAUUUAAAAUAAGGUGAAAUAUUCACCUUACAAGUGCAUUUGCUCUGCAAUCGAACUAUUAUUGUGUUACUUGCAGAAUAAGUAAGCUAUUUUCAUAAUAAAUAAUCUGCCGUUUUGACAAAAUACUUGACAAAUAAAAAUCUGUGUUCGUAGAUUUUCGCUGUUCGCAUAAUAACUGAUGGAAUUUGCUAUGACAAUAUGUUCUGCAGGCAACAUUAUUUCUCGUGCAGGCAUCGUAAACAUUAUACUAUACAAAGCGUGCUUGAAAACUUUGUAUGUUACAUCUUUAUUGUUACAUAUAAAUUAAAAGAUGUUUUUCUU